AUGAUUUGAUGGGUUGGGUCAAAAUUGGAAGUGUAAGCCCAUCAAUUACAAAAUUUGGCAAUAAGAAACCCUAAAUUAAUUACGUAGAGCUUCUUCUCUGCAUCGAAUUCGGCGACGAAGAUGAUGAUCUCUCGUCGAUUGGUUUCGAAAUUCCUUAAACCCUCUCCAUCUUUCCACGCUUUUCGCCGUCAUCUGCAAUCUUCCUCAUCUCCCAUAAGAAACCAUCUGAUCCACGGAUCAGUAACUCAGGAGCUUGGUCUCUUAAGAUCCUUUUCUGCUUUCAAUAUCGACAAGCUUCGAUCUGAAACAUGGUCACCGAGGUAUUUCUCGACACCAAGCGGAGAGACCGAGCCCAAGAAGCCAGAAGAGGAGUCGAAGCCAGAGGAGCUGCCGAAGAUGAAGCACCAGGAGAUCGAAGGACCAACAGUGGAACGCGAUUUGUCGGCGUUAGGAAAUGAGACGAGGCAAGUGUUGGAAGGGAUGAUGAAGAAUAUGUAUAGUCUAAGUGGAGCCAUGGGUGCUCUUGGUUUAACUCAAUUGAUUCUUGGAGCAGCGAUUUUGUACGCGACGCGAUCAGAUCCGAUGAAGGAAAUGACAAUUCAGAGCUGUAUAGCUUUCGGAUUCCCGUUUGCGAUGGCGUUGAUGGUGAGACGAUCGUUGAAGCCAAUGUACUUCUUCAAGAAGAUGGAAGAGUUAGGUAGGUUGCAGAUUCUUACUUUGACACUUCAAGUUGCUAAGAAUCUCAAUUUGUUGUUCGUUAGAGCUCGUGUUGUUUCCAUCUUGUGCGUUGUUGCCUUGUGUUUCGGAAACUUGUUCCUCUUGUUAUCACCAUGAUAGACAAAGAGAGCUUGAAAUACAAUUUUUUUUUGUCU